AUGUCCCUGGUCUCGGGCCCUGGUAGGGGUGGAGGGUCAGGCAGCCAGGAAGCUUUAUGCAUAGACAAACAUGUGGCUUACAUUCAAAGUCUGAACACACGCAGUGAUGAGCUUGAGUACUGCUAUACAGAACAUCUUCGCAUGAAUGGCGUCUAUUGGGGACUGACUCCAUUGCAUCUCAUGAAUUGUCCAAAUGCGUUACCAAGAGAUGAGACAAUCGACUUUGUUCUGUCAUGCCAGCAUGAGAGUGGUGGGUUUGGCGCAGCACCUCUUCAUGAUGCCCAUAUGCUGUAUACAGUCUCUGCUGUGCAGAUUCUGGUCACUUUAGAUGCUCUAGACGAGCUAGACAAACCAGGCCGCAGUGGGAAACAAAAGGUCGCAUCAUUCAUCGCCUCUUUACAAGAUCCGGAAUCUGGUGUGUUCAAAGGCGACGAAUGGGGAGAGAUGGACACCAGAUUUUUGUACGGUGCUCUCCUCUCCCUAUCCUUGCUGGGGAAGUUAGACUUGAUUGAUAUCGACAAGGCUGUCUCUUAUAUCCAGAAAUGUCUGAACCUGGACGGGGCAUAUGGUGUACGGCCUGGCGCUGAAUCUCAUUCAGGUCAAGUGCUGACGUGUGUGGCUGCCCUGGCUAUUGCUGAUCGGUUGGAUCUAAUUGAUAAGAACCGACUGGGAACCUGGCUAAGCGAACGGCAGGUCGAUGUAGGAGGACUUAAUGGCCGACCUGAGAAGCUCGAAGAUGUGUGCUAUAGCUGGUGGGUAGCGGCAAGUCUAGCAAUCAUCGAACGCCUGGACUGGAUUGAUAAGCAGAAGCUUAAAGCAUUUAUCUUGCGCUGUCAGGAUCCCGAUCGAGGUGGACUGUCCGAUAGACCAGGAAAUGUGGUUGAUGUAUUCCAUACCCAUUUUGGUAUUGCUGGCCUGAGUCUGCUGGGCUACUCAGGCCUCAAACAGAUUGAUCCUGUAUACGAGUUCUCUGGGUUGCACUAUGCUGGAAAUAAGGUCACCAUACCGAGUGCACAGCUGCUCACCCUCUUGCUAUCUAAUAACCCACUUCUUACCACACUUUGGACGAUGGGAUACAAAGCAAGAGAAGAACAAUCGAUCUGCUAUAUUGUCGUAUUUAUCUGCAACAAGAAACCUCAAUUCAGCGACUUAUCCCAUCUCUUAACCCAUAUCUCCUCAAAGGCACACUUAGCCAACUAUUUCAAGCUUCAGGUUAGAAGCCACCAUGACCCGAGAUCAAACGAGACUUUGAUUCAAUACGAUCAAUGGUAUGAAGAGAACGGCCUUGCCAGACUACUGUCCGACCGCAUGGCUUCGGCCUCUAGGACAAGCAGGAGGCGACGCAAUAUCCCAUCGAAAUUACCCUUUCAUAUUCCUGAAGACAAAAUCGAUCCUCGUCUAUCCGACUGCCGACAACUCCUGACCCCUGGUGAUCACAUUAAAAGCGAAGUCCUUUCACCAGCGAGUCUAUCAGACCAAUAUGAACGACCUUUUCCCAAAGUCGAGGCACAGUCGCCUCAAUGGUCAGAAGACGCAGGCACUAACGGUGUUGGCCUUGUUGAGAGUACAAGCAACUCACUAGAGGAAAGAUACAAUCCAUUCUUGCUCACCGCUCGUCCCAAAACACCAACUAUAAUAUCCGAAAACACUCAACUCUCUGGUUCCGGUUUUGAGAUUAGCGAGGAAGGAAAAGUUGAUGAAAUGUCUAGACUGAAAGGCGUGCAAUGGCCAGGCAUGAAUAUUUUCGAUGCGGCAUCAGAUGUCAUGAAGCGACAGAGGAACCAGAAAAAGGACGCAAGCACUUUCAAAGCAAUGGAAGCAGCUUCUUGCGCUACCGAGCCAAAUGAGAUGGUCUUUUCUCCUUCUGGCACACUGAGGAGGGAACGUGAAAUCACUGGGUUUGUCGAGGGGGAGGAGGAUCUCUUGCCUGGAGAGUGGAGCAUUCCAAAGCAUCGUCGAGAACGUCGAGAGCGCCGUAAUCACGAUACUUCUACGGCUCGCAGUGGACAGGGCAUUCAACGUGUUGCAUUAUCUGUGACGGAUCCCAAUCGUUCUGUUCUGGGAAGUCGAGUAGCGAAAAGGGAACUGCCAAAGCAACACUCAUUAGAAGAGCACAGGCGUCGAGACUACCCGCUUCAUACAGCUUCUUGCAAACCUCAUAGUCACGGACUUUCUCACGGUCAUUGUUAUCCUGCUGACGAUGAUGAUGUCGAUUUGCAGCUUUCGGUGGGCACUACUGGCCGAAACCGCGCGUCCCGUGUACACAUUUUCAAAGACGAUGACUCCGCCGCAGCAAAACCAAAGAUCAACUCUCCUAUUCCUGAUAUUGUGGAGAAUAAAACACCGUGUGAUGAACAAUCUACUCUAUCGUAUCAUCAACGAAUAGCUGGCUCAGUUCAUUCUAUGUUGGCGGCGAAUGAUCCAGAAAGGCUUUCACCGUUAUCGAAUAACACUAGUUCAGUACCUGCACACAAUUACUCCCACAAUCGUGUAAGUGCUGCGCGGGAGUUGUCUAGGAACAUUGAUGGUAUAUAUCUUGUCGACAACUCGCUCGGACCAACUCAUCGAGUUCCUUAUGAUCCGCUUGUUGGGGGCAAUGUGCUUCACUAUCGAUGGGACUGGAAUGCUUCCGACCCAGCACGAGGCGGCAAUGAUGUUGAUGAUCCUGUGCUCGGCGGUGGCAUGUUUUACAACCGCGCAGCAUCUUCUGACACUACGAUCUACCAAGAUGAAAACGAGAAUAAAAGCUGUCUCUGGCUCGAUGGUUAUAGCCGUUAA